AUGAAGAUUUUCGCUACCAUUACCUUGAUCUCCAUUCCUCUAGGCAUCCUAGCCCAGCCUUCUAGCAAUGCAGCAUCAAUUACAAAAGACUUCAUCUGCUUUGGUUUUGUUCCCACGCUGAAUGGUGGUAUUGGCCCAGGCCUCUCCACUGAAAAUGGCCAUUCUGUCGUCACCUCAUCAGGGAACACCAAAUUAAUUUGCAAUUUCGAUGUCCCCGAUGAUCUGGAACCUACUACGGCCACUCAUGCCUCGGGCUUCCAUUGUAACACCUUUUUGGGGCAGACUACUGAUAGUACUAUGGUUGCCAAUCCUGGUGGAAAGGCUGUGCUGACAUGUGAAAUCAAGCAUGCGUGA